AUGAUGAUCAUACUUUAUACAGUUCUUCUCUUUCCAAUUGGACGACCAGAAGCUGAAAUUACCACUGUUGUUCAAGAACUCCCAUCGCUUCCAGUUCAUCUAAGAGACUCCGUGACUCUUCAGUGUUUGGUCCAGUCUGAAUCUGAUGACCAUGCAAGUUCAGAUCAUCACAGUGUUCAUUGGUUCAAAGCCAAGUUUGAUGAAUCUCAUCCCAGUAAACUUUAUGUUCAUGGAAAAUCUGCAAGUAAAUGUGAGAGGAUUCCUGAGACCCCGUCUGUGAGGAAAUGUGUCCACAACUUUUCAUUGAACAAUGUCGGCUCCUCUGAUGCGGGAACGUAUUACUGUGCCGUGGUCACAUGUGGGCACCUACUGUUUGGAAAAGGAACAAAACUGGAAAUUGAAGGAUCUUUAUUUGUCUCUCAUUCUGUUGGGACCAUUAUGUUCAUUGUCCUGUUGUGUGCUGCUUUGGCUAUCACUGUGACAGUUAUUGUCCGACUAAAUCACACCAACAAGAAACUAAGGAGAGGCGCCACUGAAGCUGCUGCAGAUUCUGAAAUAGCUGCAGCUCAACAAAGUUCGGCAACAAAUGAAGAUGGUUUGAUUUAUUCUGUACCAAAUUUUGCAAAGAAAAAGGCUGAGCAAAAAGGAAAGAGAGACACAAAGACAGCGGGCGGACAAUGCAUCUAUGCUGGUGUCCGGACUUCGGGGUAUGAAUAGCAGCGUUAUCUGGUUUACAACCUGAAGAGUAACUUGAUGAUAUAUCAUUCAAAACAAUUCUGAUUUCUUUUUUUAUUGACAUGAGUAUAUGUGAGAAUCAUUUUAUCAUACAUUUAAUUGGAUAGUUUGACACUUUUUUACUCUGUUUGUCCCUUUGUUAUAUGUUAAGUCUGACAAUUUACUGCUUUGUACUGUUACUGCUGUGUCUGUGUGGUGACUAUCUGGAUUUUAAUUAGCUGAAACUGGCUCUCAUAAUAAGAAAAUAAGAGGUGUAGCAAAUUGACAAGUUGCUUAAUUAAGAACAACUCACACUGGCAACAAUAAGAACAAAACAAAGAAAUAAAUAAUGAAAGA